CGCCGACAUUAGAAACCCUAAACCCUAGAAGCUUCUACCCUCUCCUAUUACAUCUGCUCAAUCCCCCUCUCAGCUCCCGUAGCUAAUUUCUCUGCCACCGUGCAACCGCCGAUCGACGCCGUUAUUCGCAGACAUGUCGUGGAAGCGCCUCGUCCCGACUUUCAACAGGGUUCUGGUCGAGAAAAUCACCGCUCCCGCCAAGACCACCGGCGGCAUUCUUUUGCCGGAGAAGUCGGCCAAGUUGAACGCCGGAAAAAUUGUUGCGGUGGGACCCGGGAUCCGUGACGAGACUGGAAACCAUGUACCAGUUGCUCUCAAGGAAGGGGAAACUGUUCUCUUGCCCGAGUAUGGCGGCACACAAGUGAAAUUGGAUGACAAAGAGUUUCAUUUGUUCAGGGAUGAGGACAUUUUGGGUAUUCUGCAUGAUUAAGGGUUACUUCCUCGUUUCGAUUACCUCUUAAGGAGAUAUUGGUUCUUAUCUGCUGGUGAAAUCUCUUCUUGAUUGAUUAGUAUCCCAAUCUAUUUUCAGUUGUAGCCAUUUUGGUAAUGAAAGGGUUUCGAACUAUUGGAUAUGUUCUUUAAAAGUGUAGUGUGGUCAUUGCUGAAUAAUAUUUCCACCUGACUUUCAUGUUUUGGCUGUUUGAGCCUAAUGCCUUGAGAAUACAUUUCGGUCUCCAUUCCCCUCUAAAUGUCGAUAAAGUGUUGAUGAUGGCUGGUUCUUUUGCACAAUAUCUAGAGAAUUGAGACUUAAAACAGUGCAUUCAUGUUUUUUUGAGGGUGCUUCUGUUUGUUGAUCACAAGGGUAGUAGUAAUUUGGUAGUGUUGAAGUUUUACUUGACAUCUUUGCUUCUACAUUCUGGUUGUAAUAUGCAAUUGCCAUGUUUGGUAUUGUCUUCAAGACGAAGAGAUGUUCUAUUUUGAUUCAAAUGUUGCAAACUAUUCAUAAAUUAUUGUACACAUGAUAAUACUCCCUAAACGCAUUGAAGUCUUCUAAACUUAUUAUCAUGCAUAAGUGCUGCAUAACAAUGUCAAAUAAGGAAUAAAUUUACAUAUCCAGA